AUGAAAAAGGAAGAUGUGUUGGUGUGUAGUGGACCAAAAAACUUAAAACUCAACAAUGGAGGAUUGUCUAAAGCUUUGUUAAGUGCUGCCGGUAGAGAAAUGCAAGAUGAACUAUACCAGAAUUAUUCUAAUGGCGUUGAAUACGGAGGCAUUGCAACCAGUAGAGGUUAUCAGCUUCCUUGUAAAUUUGUGUACCACGGGGCUCUGCAAAAAUGGGGAACCAGUCAACCUGAUCCAUUAUCCACGUUAGAGGAAUUUAUGAUGACGUGUCUGGUAAUGGCAAACAGUCAUUGUAGAAGUUCCAUUGCUUUUCCAACACUUGGACUUGGGUUUCUAGAUUAUCCUAGUGAUCAAGUAGCGAAACUGAUGACAAAAACAAUAGGAGACUUUAGCUUCAAACAAUCUGCUGUGAAUAUCAAGGACAUUGUCAUUGUAGUCUUUGAAGAAGAGAGACUGUCGCUUCAGUCCCAAACAGAUCUAAAAACUUACAAUCAGUUCCACAACGAGGCACAAAAGCUUACCUUGAUUAUAAAUAUGAAGAAGCGCUCAGAUCUCCACCCUACUGGACCAAAUAUACCUCCGACAUAA